UUUUCCAUUUGUGAGGCAGGAAGAGGGAGUUGGAUCAUGAGCUUCAAAUACUGCCUUCCUUGAACCACCUCAAAUUUAAAUCUGAGUCACUAUACAACAAAAAUACUGCAUGUAUUUCGGUUUUCUUGCGUAAAUUUGGCAAGUACGUUUUUCUUCUGUGACCUGCAUUAUUUUCUUUACAUUUCUUGAUUUGGGUCUCAAAUUCGCUGGGAUUGACAAACUCUCUAGUAAUUAAAUUAGCAUCACAAACUUCUUGUUAGCAAAUUAUGUUGAAUGUUUGUCUGGACUUUUUGUUCACUUUGUGUUUGGGAGACCACAGAAAAUUUCCGAUUAGACUCAGCCUUUCUCAUGUUGGUGUUUGUGCUCAAAGACUUCGUAAACACCACAGUGUCACAAGCCUUUGUAGUAAGAGAAUCCAUUUUCAGCUAUGGAAUGCAUGUCAAAUCACUAGAACCUCUGUCUCUUCUUUGGAAGAGAUCUUGCAUCCAGGGCAUGCAAGUAAUGAUCUUGGCAGGCGUCACCCCUUCUUUGAAGAAAAUAUUAGCAGAAACAUUACUAUUUUAUUUCUAGUCCUAAAAGCUCUGAAUGGUGUAAUACAUUUCUCAGAAGCAUUAUAUGUUCUUUGAAUGUUAAUGCUACUUUGUAAAAAUUGAAAACUUCUAAGAUCACGCACUUCAUGCUGUGGGAUUGGUAGUAGCUGGCUCUCAUUUUUUAUUGGUAUGCUUUAGGUUGGAGAAGAAUGUAUAUUUUAGAACAUAUUCAUAUUAGGAAAAGCAAAGUCUUAUUUUUCUCUGCUGUCACGCCAGAGUCAAGGUGGGAAACUCCCACAACCUCAAAUGCUUUGGGGUCUCUCCUCAGCAACAUGGAGGCAGUUCUGCAGUGUACACUUGCUGGGAGUCCUGGAAUUGAAUGUAGUUCUGACUGUAGCUGGAGAUAGUGUCAGAGCCUGCAGUUGAGGGUUUACACCCAAGACAGUCCCAGCUUCUGACCUAGUUGCAGGUUGGCGCCUCCAGGACAUCUUGCAGCAAGCUGUACAUUGUGUUUCCCGUAAUCCACUCCUCAGGUUCAGUUGUUUGCUAGAGUGGCUCACAGAAACCAGGGAGAGUCCAUGUUUGUGUUUGGAGGACACAACUGCACAGUCAGUGCACCUAUGAUGUGUUUUAGAAAUAGAUCUUACACUGUGACUUAAAAGAAGAAUGUCUGUCAGUCCAUCUGUAUUUCUUAAGGAAAGUGAAGAAAAUAGUGCAAAAUUUGUGGAAACAAAACAGCCAGACGCUGCUUUCAUAGCAUCAGAAGAUCCCCUUCAAAACUUGUGCUUAGCAUCUCAAGAAAUUCUUCAAAAAGCUCAGCAAAGUGGGAGGUCAAAAUGUCUCAAGUGUGGUGGCUCCAGGAUGUUCUACUGCUAUACGUGUUACGUCCCUGUUGAAAAUGUGCCCGUUGAACAGAUUCCGCUUGUGAAGGUCGCACUUAUUUUUCCUGGUCCUCAGUCUAUCUCAAUAAAAGAUAUUUCUUUUCAUCUGCAAAAAAGAAUUCAAAGUAAAGGCACAGCUGAUGACCCUGAGAAGCUGUCUCUUAAACGCAAGAGAACUGACGAACAGGCAAGCUGCGAUUUGAGUGAGGGCAAAUGUAAAGGGGUAGCCCUGAAGAAAGUCAUUUUUAUAGACAGUACCUGGAACCAGACCAACAAGAUAGUCACUGAUGAGCGGCUCCAGGGGCUCUUACAAGUUGAGUUGAAAACAAGAAAAACUUGCUUUUGGCGCCAUCAAAAGGGAAAGCCAGACACUUUCCUUUCCACCAUUGAAGCCAUUUACUACUUUCUGGUAGACUACCAUGCUGAUAUAUUAAAGGAGAAAUACAAAGGACAAUAUGACAAUCUUCUAUUUUUCUAUUCUUUUAUGUACCAGUUGAUAAAAAAUGCCAAGUACUCUGGGGCUAAGCAGACACCGAAGCCGACCCAUUAGUUGUUUACAAGCCUCCUGCCCUUGUAUUCUGCUAAAAUCAAUAAACUUGUACUUGUGA